GAUUGAGAUAAUGGCUGCGACAUCUCUUGCUCGAUGCUGCUCUCGUAUCUACUACAAUUGCAAGUGUGCAUCUUCUUCCCAAAAUCACCAGACCAACGAGAACCGGAAUCUCGUAAACAAACGGAGAUCCUCUAAACCGGUCCGGCUAAUUCUUCGCAACCGAUCCAAGAAGCUCAAUGAUCCUUCGCUCACUCGCGCUCUACGCGAUUUCGCGGAAUCCGGCCUCAUGGAGGAUGCACUCCACCUGUUCGACGAAAUGAACAAAGCCGAUGUUUUCGUGUGGAACGUGAUGAUCAAAGGCUUCACCACCUGUGGCUUAUACCACGAAGCGCUUGGAUUCUAUCUCAGAAUGGUACUGUUCACAGGAAUCAAAGCUGAUUCUUUUACAUACCCUUUCGUGAUCAAGUCCGCUGCUGGAGCUUCGUCGUUGUUAGAAGGGAAGACGAUUCACGCGACUGUGAUCAAGCUCGGGUUUGACUCAGAUGUUUACGUUUCUAAUUCUCUUAUAUCAUUUUACAUGAAGCUCGGGUGCGAAUGGGAUGCAGAGAAAGUGUUCGACGAAAUGCCUGAGAGAGACAUUGUCUCGUGGAACUCCAUGGUUUCUGGGUUUCUUGCGGUUGGUGAUGGCUUACGGUCGUUGGCUCUGUUUAAAGAGAUGAUUAAAUGCGGAUUUGAACCGGACAGGUUUAGUAUCAUGAGCGUUCUCGGUGCUUGUUCUCGUGUGGAGUGUCUGAGAGUGGGAAAGGAAAUACACUGCUAUGCUAUUCGAAGUGGAAUCGAAGCUGGUGAUGAUGUUAUGGUAUUGACGUCAGUACUCGACAUGUACAGUAGAUUUGGUGAAGUGAGUUAUGCAGAGAGGGUGUUUAACGGUAUGAUCAUCAGGAAUGUUGUAGCUUGGAAUGUUAUGGUAGGGUGUUACGCUAGAAAUGGGAGAGUCGUUGAUGCUUUUCUCUGCUUUCAGAAAAUGGAAAAAGAGUUGCAGCCAGAUGUUAUCACGCUGAUAAAUCUGCUUCCUGCUUGUGAGAUCUUGGAGGGACGAACGAUUCAUGGCUACGCAGCGAGGAGAGGAUUUCUUCCUCAUGUAGUGUUGGAAUCUGCUCUGAUUGACAUGUAUGGGGAGAGUGGAAAAGUGAAGUCAGCUAAGGUUGUGUUUGAUCGAAUGGGUGAAAAGAACUUGGUCUCAUGGAACUCGAUGAUCGCUGCGUAUGUGCAGAACGGGGAGAAUUAUUCAGCUUUGGAGCUGUUUCGAGAGCUAUGGGAUAAGGAUUCAUCUCUUGUACCUGAUUCCACAACAAUCGCUAGUAUUCUACCAGCUUAUGCAGAAUCUCUGUCACUGAGGGAAGGUAGACAACUCCAUGGCUAUAUAGUAAAAGCCAGAUACGACGUGUCAAACACCAUCAUCUUGAAUUCACUUGUGCACAUGUAUGCCAUGUGUGGAGACCUCGAGGACGCAAGAAAACGUUUCGACCAGGUCGUGUUUAAGGAUGUUGUUUCGUGGAACAGCAUCAUCAUGGCUUACGCGGUACACGGUUUUGGCAGUGUUUCUGUUCGCUUGUUCUCAGAGAUGAUUACUAGUGGAGUAAGUCCAAACAAGAGCACCUUUGCCUCGCUGUUAGCAGCGUGUAGCAUCUCCGGUAUGAUCGAUGAAGGAUGGCAACAUUUCAACUCAAUGAAAAGAGAAUACGGGAUUGAUCCUGGUAUAGAGCAUUACGUGUACAUGCUGGAUCUCAUUGGUCGUACAGGAAACCUCAGCUCAGCCACGAGAUUCAUAGAAGAAAUGCCGUUUGUGCCAACGGCUCGGAUUUGGGGAUCACUGUUGAAAGCAAGCAGAAACCACAACGACAUUACCGUUGCGGAGUUCGCAGCAGAGCAGGUUCUCAAGAUGGAACACGACAACACGGGAUGCUAUGUCUUGCUUUUGAAUAUGUAUUCAGAAGCUGGAAGAUGGGACGAUGUUAACAGGAUCAAGCUUCUGAUGAAAAGCCAAGGCGUAUCUAGAACAACGAAUCGGAGUAUUGUUGAGACGAAAGGUAGAGCUCAUGUGUUCACAAACGGAGAUAGAUCCCACGUGGAGACGAACAAGAUCUAUCAAGUCUUAGAUAUUGUCUUGGGGAUGAUUGAAGAAGAAGAAGAAGGAAAAGAAGAAGACAGUUAUGUUCACUGUGUUUCAAAGAUGAGACCAGAGACUCUACUAAAGGAAAACAGCAAUUCAUAUAGAAGACAUUCGGUAAGACUCGCCACGUGUCUUGGACUGAUCUCUACGGAAACAGGAAGAACAGUUUUGGUGAGGAAUAACACAAGAAUCUGCAGAAGAUGUCACGAGUUCUUGGAGAAGACUUCGAAAGUGACGAGAAGAGAGAUCAUUGUUGGAGAUUCAAAGAUUUUUCAUCACUUCUCCAAUGGUUGUUGCUCGUGUGGAAACUACUGGUGAAAAUACCCCUGGUAGUGGCUAAGUUUAGGUUUAUUUAUUGGAAAAUGUAGAAAGAAGAAAAUAUGUUUUGGCAAUUCA